AUGGAUUCAGUACCAUUUGCUAGUGGGGUUGGAAGUGUAAUAUACGCCAUGGUCUGCACAAGACCUGAUUUGGCAUAUGCUAUGAGCAUAGUGGGUAGAUUCAUUGCUGACUCGGGUGAAGAGCAUUGGAAUCCCCUCAAAUGGAUUCUCAUAUAUGGAAAAGGGACAAUAGAUGUUAGUCUUAUCUACAGCUCUAAGUUUCAAACACAAAGCAAAGUCAUGGGCUAUGUGGAUUCAGACAAUGCUGGCUGCAUUGACACUCGUAGAUCUCUCAUUGGAUAUGUAUUCACAAUCCAAGGUGGAUGUGUGAGUUGGAAGGCAAAUUUACAGAAGGUGGUGGAUUUGUCAUCAACAAAGGUAGAGUAUAUGGAAAUCACAGAAACUAUUAAAGAAGAUAUAUGGCUCAAGGGCCUGUCCAAAGAAUUGGGUUUCAAAUUGGAAGACAUAACAAUGCUGAUUAAUGCCCAAACGUAA